AUGGAGGGUGGGGUCCGAACACUUGUUCUUCUAACCCUAACCUAACCCUAACCCUAACCCUAACCCUAACCCUAACCCUAACCCUAACCCUAACCCUGGGUCUGCUCACCUACAAGAACAGAAGCAAAGACGAACCUAAUGAUGACAUCAUGCAGUGUCUCUCGAAAUUAGAGCAAGACACGAGUUCACCAGGCUGGUGGUAAGAGGGAAGCGAGGCCGUAAAGUACCUGUGCUUUUCACUAGCAAGAUGACUCAAUCUUUGGACUUCCUGCUUGACCAAAGGGGCAAGGACAAUGACGUCUUGGACAGCAAUGAGUAUGUCUUUGCAGCUCAAAACUCCAACUCCUAUCUUCGAGGGUCAGACUGUUUAAGAAAGUUUGCAGCUGCUAGCGGGGCCAGGAGACCAGAAACGCUGACUUCAACUCACCUCAGAAAGCACGUGGCUACACUUAGUCAAAUAAUGAACUUAAAAGAAAACGAAUUGGAUCAACUGGCCAAAUUCAUGGGACAUGAUAUAAGAGUUCAUCGAGAGUAUUAUCGCCUGACGGAGAAUACUCUUCAGCUCGCAAAGAUGAGCAACUUGCUCUUGGCAAUAGAGCAUGGAACUGAAGCAUAUAAAGGAAAAUCUCUUGAUGAGAUUAACUUGAGCUUUGAAAGAUGCUCUGAGGAAGUGGGACUGGAGCAAAAAUCAGAGUUCGGAAAAGAAUCAGAUG